CUCCCGGCCAGCCCCCACCUCCCCCGAGGGGAGGCGGGCGGCCGCCCUACCUGGCGCCCUCUGCCCGGGGAGGAGCGCACCGCGCCGCCCCGGCCCCGACACCACCGACACCGGCACCGGCACCGGCACCGGGCCGCCGAGCAGUUUUCUUUCUCCUCCCUUCCUUCCCCUCAAGGACAUAGACUUUGGCUAUAUUUUUCAUAACUGCGUGAAGCUAGAAAUCUAACGGAUGCCUGUGCCGCCGCCACCACCACCACCGCCUCCUCCACCGCCUCCACCACCUUCUGGAGGGCCCCCUCCACCACCACCUCUGGCAAGUUCAGAACUACCAAAAUUGCGAAAGGAAGACCAAAAAGCACGAAAUGCACUGUUGGCUGAUAUCCAGCAGGGAACUCGCUUAAGGAAAGUGACUCAAAUCAAUGACCGAAGUGCACCGCAGAUUGAAAAACCCAAAGGAGCUAACAGAGAUGGAGCUAAUCCAGCCAUUAAUAAAGGGGGUUCUCAGCCCCCUCUGGGGGGCUUAUUUGCUGGCGGCUUUCCUGUUCUCAGACCAGCAGGCCAGAGAGACCUACCAGCUGGGAGGCCUGGGCAGCUUCCUGGAGUCCGAGCUGUGGCUCCGAAGACCGCAGCCCCACCGAACAGCACUGCAAAGGUGGGCAGUAGCCCCCUGAGCCCACCCGAAGGCCCGCGGGCAGCUGUCCUGCCAGAGCCUCCAAGCACCCCACGAGCCGGCGCCGCGCGGCCCAGCCUGCCCGCGCCUCCUCCGCCGCCUCCAGCUUCCAGCAAACCUUCCCUCACCUUCCCUCCUCCUCCGCCUCUCCCCCCUCCGGCAGACAGGCCUUCCAAGGGGGUAUCCCCCAACUCUGUUCCUCUGCCCCCCCUCCCUCCUCCUCAGGCUGACAAACCCAAGUUUCAAGUAGGCGCUUCACACCCGCCCCCGCCUCCUCCUCUUCCUCCUCCCCUACCCCCCUGUGGAUUUCCAGCCAGGACAACUGAUUUCCCUGCUGCUGCUUCUUCUCCAUCCGAAGGAAGGGAUUAUCCACCUCCCACACCGCCCCCACCACCUCCUCCUCCUCCUCCUCUCCCCACACUCCCCCCUGCCUUGAACAGGCUCUCCUUUCCAGCCGCCCCAGCCUUCAGCGGCACUGCCAGCAGCGGUGACGUGCCCCCACCACUGCCCCCCAAGUCCCCGCACUUGCUGUCCCAUUUGCACAAGCCCGCUAUUCAGUCGCUCCCUCUUCCUCCCACCCCACCCCUUCCUCAGCCAGCGGCGGUGGUGGAGACCAGGAAGAAGAGAGCGGGCCGAGGCGGAGGACCUGGUGCUGGGAAGCUAGCCGUUCCUCCACAGCCACCAGCCAGGUCACCAACAACUGAACUCACGAGCAAGUCUGGAAUCUCAGCCUGGGCAGUUCAUGACCCCUACCCACCUCUUAAAAAUGGAAAUAUGCAUAUCAUUGAUGACUUUGAAUCUAAAUUUACUUUCCAUUCUGUGGAGGACUUCCCCCCACCUGAUGAAUUCAAGCCAUUUCAGAAAAUAUAUCCCAGCAAGAUAGCUAGAGAUCCCUCUAAAAAUCCACCGUUAAGAACACACGUGAGAUGAGAAGAGUCUUUCUGAUGCUUUCUGGAUUGGUAUUAAAAAUGGAGAACAUCAAGAUAAUACAUGGAAACAGAAGGGGUCCCAUUACAGUGGCAGAGAUUAUAUUUGAAUCACAAGUGCUGAAAUGUUAACGCUUUUAGAAACUGGAAGAGAGAUGUAAAUGAUACUUUUUGAAGUACUUUGUGGCCUACAUACCACAAGAAUAUUAGCACAGGCUUUUAAAUAUUGUAUAUAUGUGGAUAUUUUUUAAGCAAAGAAGCAUAAAAUUUAAAUUCUUUAUAGAGUUCAAACAAUUCUUAUCACGCUGACAGUUAUUACCUCAAAGAAUAUUUUUUGCAUGAUGUACUUGUAAUUCAUUUUCCCCUUCCAUCUAUAUUUUUAACUAUUCUUGAAAUCCUCCAGUUAUUAUUCAGAUAUUUUUCAAUGAACUGUCUGAAAGUAACGUGACACUUUCAGUCUCUUUUUAUGUUUCUUUACUUCUUGUAUUCUGCCUAUCCUCAGAUUGAGCAGAAUGGCACUUUCAUGAACAGGCGGGUCCACAAUCCUCUUCUCAUCAGGCAUGAAGAGGAAGGAGAUGAUAACGGGUUGUGGCUGCUGUUGAGCCUACCUCUACUGAUUACAGAUCCUUAUAGGAUAGCGAACACGUCUGAAGAAGCCCAGAUGGGUAGGGUGCCUAUGGACCUGACAAAGACAACAGAACUUCUCCAAACUGGACAAAGAGGAAGUUGUUCUACUGUAAGCAAAAAUGGUGGAUGUGAAUGUACACGCUGUCAAGUGUAUACAUAUGGGCACAUGUCCUGUGUUUUCAAGGCAUAGUGGAUAUUAUUAACCAUUUGUGUGACAGAUUCUCUUUACCCAGCAAUUAGGAGGCCUUGAGAUCAUUUUAAGUUGCAUAUGCUGUAAACAGGCAAGUAGAGCUCCUAUUUUUCACCCAUAGCAGCAGUAAGGAUGCAUUGUCCAGAAAACAAUAGAAUAAGGAGUCCCUAAAGUGGUGGUUCCAGUGAGUUCAGUUGGUUG